GCUCUGCCGAGCGCACGGACGGACGAUUGGCGGAUCCCUGGCACACCCUAACCACCAUGAGCACCAAUCAAUCAUACGGAGGCCUUUUGGCAGAAGUAACAGAUCAGUCCAAAGAUGAUUCCGUCCCAAUGGUAACGAGUGACUACAUCCAAAUAUCGGCCGCCGUGAACCAUCUGACCACGACCAUCCUGUCAACUGUUACCAAUGCGACAAACAUCAGCAACAUCAUACAUAAUAUAACGGUGGUGGAGGAAAACAAAGCUAUCUGUACCCCGCCAGCGUACCACGAGUUCCCUCCCGAUGCCUUCAAUAACUUCGAAAGAGCUCAUGGCGCCAUCCUCCUCCACCUUGUCCUCGUCAUCUACAUGUUCAUCGCCCUCGCCAUCGUUUGUGACGAGUACUUUGUAACAUCCCUCGAUAAGAUAUGCCAGAAACUUGGAAUGAGUGAAGAUGUGGCUGGAGCAACGUUCAUGGCAGCUGGCAGUUCAGCACCGGAACUCUUUACUGCCAUCAUUGGUGUGUUCAUUACUAAAGGCGACGUGGGUAUCGGGACAAUAGUCGGCUCGGCUGUCUUCAACAUCCUCUUCGUCAUUGGCAUAUGUGGGGUGCUUGUAGGAGAGGUGAUCACACUGUCUUGGUGGUCCCUGUGUCGAGAUUCGGUCUAUUACUCGUUCGCCGUCGUCAUCCUCAUAUUGGUGGUGUGCGACGGAGUUGUCACGUGGUACGAGUCGCUCAUUAUGCUGGUGCUUUACGUGCUGUACAUCGUGAUCAUGCGAUUUAAUGUCCAUAUUCAAGCCUGGGUCUCAAAGAAGUUGGAUCGAAUUGUCCAAUCAAAUAUUCUUCCAAUGAAUGGCACUGCCAAGACCUUUCAGGGGGACUACGAGGUGUUUACCGAUGAUGACGACGAUGUGUUUAUGAAGACGUCAGAAAAUCAGGUGUCGCGACGAGAGACGGAUAUGCCACCAGAUGAAUACGCGAAAAGUACGCAAAUCAAACCGGGGUUCAUCGACUUUAUCUGGCGGCUGAUGAUGAUGAAGAGAUUUAAACCCAAGACGAGGUUCAUGGCCGCGGCAUACUUAAUUCUUUCUUAUAGACGGCGUAUGUUACAAGACGAGGCCUAUAUAAAGAGACAGCAGUUUCGUAAAAUGGCUCAUAAGUCUAGUGUGAUUUCCUACACACGAACGAUAAGAGGAUGGUUUAACGUGACGCUGGAAGGGGAUGAUUAUGACUGGUGGAGGAAGAUACCCAGCAUAGAGGAAGGUGUUUGGAAAUUCGCAAAAUGGGCAAUGCAAUACCCACUUCGCUGUAUGCUGUAUUAUACUGUACCCGAUUGCCGUAAGGAAAGAUGGGACCGCUGGUUUAUGGCUACGUUUGUCAUGUCAAUAGUAUGGAUUGCCCUCUUCUCCUACAUAAUGGUGUGGAUGGUGACCAUCAUUGGGUACACUCUCAGUAUCCCUGACAGUGUCAUGGGCAUCACAUUCCUGGCGGCCGGUACCAGUAUCCCUGACGCUAUGGCGAGUGUGUACGUUGCUAAACAAGGAAUGGGAGAUAUGGCGGUCUCCAACCUGUUUGGUAGCAACGUAUUUGACAUUUUGCUGGGACUGUCCUUGCCGUGGUUCCUAAAGACAGGUGUAGCAUAUGCCGGAACUACGGUCCAUAUAAACAGUAAUGGGAUGCUUUACUCCAUAUUCCUUUUAUUUCUCACAGUUUUAGUGACAAUUGGGGUCCUAAAGUACACCGGAUGGAGGCUGAACCGCUUCGUGGGAAUAAUAUGCCUUAUUGUAUAUGCUAUAUAUGUAUUAUUCUCUGUGAUGAUCGAGUGCAAUGUGUUCGGGUUUGUCAAUCCCCCUAUGUGUGUAUGAUGUGAAUAACUUAGGUUUCAUGUAAUGGCCAUAGCAGCCCGACCAGACGCAUGCUGUAAUGGUUCGGAUCACCCCACAGAAUGUCGUAGAUGAGGUCAUCGGGUCUUGGAAUCAUACCCGAUAGAGAUGUAAACGGUUAUACAUGAAUGUACUUGAUUGAAAUCCGUUUUGUGAGAUGUAUAAUCAUGAAAUAAAGAAUAAAAGUGUGCAGAAUUGCAUGCGUAUGUUUGCCAAAACGAAUGUAGAGAUGCAUGGAUGAUGGGUUUCCAGUGAAACGGGUGUUUAGUUUUGCACUAGAUACAUGUAUAAAAGCAAAGUUAGCCUGCUGGCACAUGUGCCAUUGCUCAACUCUUUUUGACUCUCUUUUUUAUUCUUUAAAUAAGUUUGUCAGACAUUUGUACUUUUAUUUCAUUUCACUACGUUUAACUUGUUCGUUAUAUGUUUGUUCGUUUAACACAUGACAAAAACCAUGUUAUAAAAAUUAUGUCUUAUAUGAAAGAUAUUUAUGUAUAUUCUAUAUAUCUCAUCUAGACAAAGGAAUUCAUUUUAAAGUAAUCAUUUCAUGCUCAAUGACAGGAGGUUGACUACACUACAUCUUUGUAUCUACUGUAAUUUUGAAAUUGUACAGGGUAAGCUUCAUACCAUCGCUAUAAUGCAUGGGCGAACAUUUGACAGUUUAGGUAUCCAAUGUUUUACGUUGUCAUACGUCUCGCCUAAAUCUACUAUAACCUCAGAGCUACAUUGAUCCUAAAGCUACUACGAUCAUAAAGCUGUUUAGAUCUUAAAGAUGCUAUGAUCUUUGUUUGGUUAUGUCAUCAUGUUUGUCUCCCUUAGAUCAGUAUUUCUUAUUCGGAUGAUGAUUUAAUAAAAUACUAUAUAACACUAUAUACAGAUAUUUAUAACUGUAUGGUCUUUGUAUAUCAUCGACCACAUACAUAUUUUUGUGUUUAUUAUGAUAUGACAAACGCUACUUUAUGUAUUUGCCUUUCAUAUAAAAAUGCCUAAUAUUGAAAUCGGAAAAAGUAAGAGUGUCGCUCAGAAGGACCGUUCGGAAUAAAUUAAUUGUGUCUAUGUUUUAUGUCAACACUAACAAUAAUCCGUAGCUAUACUGUUUUGUGUAAGUAAUAACACAAGUAUCUGUAGUUUGUAUGUAACAUAUGCAAGUUCUAUUUCUAUUUCUAUUUCUCUAGAAAUUUUCUUUUCGCCAAUUCGAAUUUCAAUUGAGGAAUUUAACACGACUUCAGGAAAUAACAAUUUGCGACGAAUGAUAUCAUACGUAGCUUAAACACAUCAACAAUACAUUGCGUGUAUGCUUUUUAAAUUGGCAUGUGUUUUAUUAACAGAAAUUUGUGUGUCAUUGAUAAAAGCAGUGCUUUAUUAACACUAGUAUGUAUAUAUCUUUGAUAUAUACUAAUAUUUGAAUUCAGUAAUAAAAUGUUUCAUUCCAGGUAAUUAAGCAAGCUUAUUGAAGGAUAAAAUAUGUACUAAUUUAAUAACAUCAAACUUAUAACUGUUAUAACUAUAGUGUUGACUCAAGUUCUAACAUAUUUGCAUUUGUUAGUUUUGGAUGUUUUAGAAUUAUUUCCAUUUGUGUAAACCUAUAUCAGGAUUUCCCUAAGCAUGAACUAGACGGUAGUAUCACACACUUGAAACAAACCAAUGUCACUGUACCGUACACCGCAUAGAACUACAGUCUAAUUGGCCUGUCUCGUAGCAUCUGGUUUUGACGAUUACUCAUGAAUAUUCUAUUUGUCUUUUAAUAUCAAUCUGAUACUCCGAUUUAAUUUAUAAUUCAAUUUAUCGACAUUGUAUUACUGUUGUCGGGUAUUGUCGGGAAAUUUAAUUUAAAUCCAAUACAAAAUAUAUACAUACAACAGGUAAAAAUACAACGUUUAUUUAAAAGGACAUCUGAACGAGACAUGCUUAGAAGACGUUAAAGAAAAAUGCACUUCUAAAGGAAUACGAUUGUUUCCUAAAACGAGAGUAAUGAGAUAGAGACAGUAAUUAUUUUUUCUUUCAUAUAUAAUCGAAUAAUCGCCGAAAAGCAAGCCCACAAAACAGGCUAGAUAAACAAAAGUAUACAGGUACUAGUCCAGAACAGGGGCAUUUUGUUUUAUUUCCUAUGUGGCAAAUUCACUACAAAUUUAACACGCAUUUGUAUAGUUGCAAUUAUGGUAACAUUAGGAAAUAUAUUUGAAUGUGUACGAACAUUGGUAAUUUAUCUGCAUCUAUACCUCUAUACUACUAUUGCUAUGCGGUCUAUGACUUUUUACUGUAGAAUUGAUUAUAAUAUUUCUCUGGUCCUUACAUAUUAUCGUAGUAUUUUGUAGAAUACAUUUGGGACAAUAUUUCCGGUUCUUCCUUACCGCUACAAUCCACAUAAGUUUUCCAUAUAUUAUAGACACACAUUGCCUGAAUAUAUUUGUUAAGAUGUUAUUAUCAUUGGUAGAUGAGACUUUGCUGACUGUUAUAAAAUGAUUCAAAUUGAAAGUAGAAACUGAAGUACAUUAAAUAAUAUAACGUCAACACGAGAUCACGUUGAGUUAUUUUUCACUUGAAUCUCUCAUGCUGUGUUUGAUUUGUCCCCAUUUCUACGUCUUAUAAGGGUUCUGUUUUUGCUACUUUAACAUUUUAUUUGUCUAUUGUUUAAAAAAGAAAGAAAUAGAAGGAAAUAAA